AUGGCUACAUUGACGACCAUCCAGCUCCCUAAAGAAUAUGGCUAUGUCCUCAUCACGGCAGCGAGUUCUUACCUUCUCUCAAACUGGCUCGGAGCGCGCAUUGCUCCCUUUCGUCGAGCCGCCACAGUUGACCACCCGAACGCCUUCGUAUCUGUAGAAACCAUUGCCAAUGCAUCGUCCGCGGAAGAGAAACGUGCCUUGUAUUUGUUCAAUUGCGCCCAGCGUGCGCAUUACAACUUCCUUGAGAACUAUCCGGCUGCCUUGACGGGCAUGCUCAUCAGUGGAUUGAGAUAUCCUAUAUUCGCAGCCGCAGCGGGUGCGGUUUGGAUCUUUGGGCGUAUUCUAUACGCUACGGGUUAUACUAGCACAAGCGAGAAUAAUGUCAAUGGAAGCGGUCGGUGGGCUUACGGGGGAUUUCGCCUAUUUGUUUUGGAACAAAUUGGCAUUUCUCUGCCGGAGCACCCAAGGAUGUCUGAACAAUAUGUCCCAUCCCCUUACCAAAACCACCCACUAAAACCACACUCUCUCGAAAUCCGGCUCCUUACAUUAGAGCCAGCAGUGUCCUGGACAGAUGAAAUCUGCUGCACCCUGACCAUCGCCAAUCUCCAAUAUUACCCACAAUUUGAAGCUCUUUCCUACACGUGGGACGGAGGCUUCAAUACCGAAACCAUCAAGCUCUCGAACACACCCUAUCUUGUCACAUCAAAUCUUAAAUCAUUCCUCCUCCACCGUCGUUUACAAAUAGAAGCAGUCAAUCUUUGGAUCGACGCAUUAUGCAUUAAUCAGUCCUCCAAUCCCGAGAAAUCUUCCCAGGUUCGCAUGAUGAAUAAGAUCUACGCCUGCGCAACAAAAUUGAUGGUUUGGCUGGGUCCAGAAGCAGACGAAAGCUCUCUCGCCAUGGAAGAUUUACAACGCCUUGGUGCAGGGUCACCGUAUGAUAAAAUGCCAAUCCUAAGUGGCUCAGUUUUAACGGCCGUCAAGAAGCUCCUCACUCGCCGCUGGUGGUCGCGAAUCUGGAUCAUCCAAGAAGUAGUCUGGGGUGGGCUAGGCCACAAAGUUCACGACAUACGCGUACGGUGUGGGACAAAGGAAGUAUGGUGGGUGAAUCUUGUCAUUGCAGCUGCUCGAAUGCAAGCUCAUGCCGAUGAUCAACGGCAAUAUUACCCCGCCAUAGAAAAUAUUCUAAAGCUUGAGGAAAAUCGUAAUCAAGGCGAAUUGUUUGGGGAAAGUGUUGCAAAUGAGAUGAUGGUAAUGGAUCUAGUUGCUAUGCAUCGCCAUUUUCAGGCUACCGAUCCGAGAGAUAAGAUUUAUGCCUUGAUGGGUAUGGUUUUUGGCGAAGGCCACAGACCUUAUUCUGGGAUUAGGGUUGACUACUCUAUGGAUGCUAGAGAACUAUAUGUGAUUUUUGCCAUGUUGGCUUUGCAGAACGGACCAGGUUUGGAAAUUUUGCGCCAUUGUCGCUCUCCGGCCGUGGAAUUGCUGCCUUCUUGGGUUCCGGAUUGGUCCCUUGGUAGAGUUGAGAAACCUCUUCCAAGCAGGAAAAUUUCAAGAGAUAAAAAUAAUCCAUGGUGGCUUAGGCUAAAGCAUUCUCUUAGCAAACACGAAAGUGAGGAGCAGGACAGCCCAGCUUUCAUAGAGGAAGGCCUGGGAAAAGGAUUGCGGCUAAACACUGGUUUACCCGGCGACAUUCAACUUAACACGAUAUCAAAAAGUUUCGCAGACGCUAGUUCGCCAGAAAUACUAGGCGUGAUAAAAGAAUUGAUGGAUGCUGGUCGAUUGAUUGGGGUCUCGACGAACGACGAGUGCGAAGACGAGGUCGUCAGCAAAAAUGGCAAUAAGACAAUUGAAGAUGUUGAAAAGCGAAUUGUUAGAAGAAGCGAAAGGAUAACACGCCAGAAUACAGAAUCCAAAGCAAAAGCUUUCUCAGCUGACCCGGUUGUAAGAUAUGCAGCAGCAGGUGAUACAACAGCAAAUUUUUCAGCGGACCAAGCUACGAAUACUUUAGAAGCUGAAGGGAUACUAUUCGACGUCGUUGGCCAAACUCAUGAUCCAUUCGUCGAUAACCUCAAUGCAGAAUGGGAGAAUUCAACCCAUUUUAUGUUGGCGAUCGGUCAAUGCAAGCAACUCGCGCUUAGUGAGUACAUAGGCCAAAACCCAUACAUUAACCUUGAAGCACGAGUGGAAGCAUUCUGGCUCACGCUAUUUGCCGGCCGAGUAACAGAUAAUUCGGGAGCAGAACUCAGUAUCGAUGAGAUGCCAUUUCACGAAUGGCUACCACCUAUCCCUAUUACCUGGGUCCCAGGGCCACCUCGAGUGACUGUCACCAAUACAGGCCGACUGGAAGCAGGCGAAAAUCAUAAGGCAAUGGAAUCUAUGCUCAGCGAGCUGAAAUGUAGACAUCCGGGUCAUAAUUUUAAGAUAGAAUCGCCCGGAGCGAGGAUGUUAAGCAAUCUUCAGCCUGAAGAAUGGACGGAUAUAAAUUUGGAGUAUCAUACUACCAGGUUCCAGCAGCUGGGUUCCUUGUGGCUCCAACAACCGUUCGAUCUGUACCAUCGGCCAUUCGCUCUACCAACUGUUAUUCCGGAUCCAUUCUGGGAAACAAGACAGACAGAGGAUCAGGUGGCACUUUUGAGGCUCAAAACUCAAGAGUUCGAAGGCAUGAUAGGCUACAACCCUUCCAGUGGCCCGGAUGAACAGCCAUGGAAUGCACGCCAAUGGUUUGAACAAGCCUUACAGAAAGACGUACCGGUUGUACCUAAAGGUACACUUGAUCCGGGGUUAGAGAGUUUCGCGCUUGGACGGAGGUUUUUCGUUACAAAAAAGGGGUAUUUGGGACUCGGACCUAGAGAUACAAAAGUUGGCGAUAGAGUGAGUGUGUUGCUAGGUUCGGAUGUGCCUUUGAUUUUGAGGGAAAGAGAGAGAACCUCUCAAGGGGGAUGGGAAGUGGUGGGGGAGACAUAUGUUCAGGGAAUUAUGGAGGGAGAAGCCAUUGAGAAAUGGAAGAUGGGGCGUUUGGAAAUUCGGAAGUUAGUUUUGCAUUGA